AUGAAUUGUCAUAAUACCUUUUGCUAUCGACAUAACCCAGCACUUAAUUUAUCAAGAAAUCAUAAUGACUUUUAUUUACAAGAGGAGCUUAGCACACUACCUGCUGAUGAACAAGCAGAGAUCAUGAACAUAUGGAGCACAUUUCAGCAUGCUUCACCUUCUUCUCGGUUACUGAUCCUCAAGGGCAUCCUCGCCUCUGCUUGUACACCUCAAUUGUCUUAUUUAUCCAACGCAGUCACACCACUUCUUAGCACAGACUUCACUCAUAUCUUCCCUCGAGAGAUCACGAUACAGAUAUUUAGAUACCUCGACGCCUCAUCCCUUUGCACAGCAGCUCAAGUCAGUCGACACUGGCGUCAAUUAGCUGAUGAUGAUACCCUCUGGCAUAGACUCUGCGAACAACAUAUCAACAAGAAAUGUACUAGAUGUGGUUGGGGACUUCCCUUGCUUCCGUUGACCCGCAAGCGCAAGCGAGACGAGACGACAUGUGUAUCCAAGAAACGGGCAUGGAAGGAAGUAUACAGUGAGCGACUGAUAGUCGAGCGUCAUUGGAGACGUAAUAUGUCCAAACACUAUACCCUCAAACGACACCACAGCGCCUCAAUCACCUGUCUGCAACUAUCCGAAGCCAACAAUACCUUAAUCACAGGAUCUCAAGAUAAGACAGUCACUGUCUGGAAUUUGGAAACCGGACAAGUCCUUCGACAACUCAAGGGACACUCUCGACCGAUUCGCACUCUUCAAUUUGAUGAUACCAAGCUUGUUACAGGUUCUUCUGAUCACACACUGAGGAUAUGGAACUACCACACGGGCCAAUGCAUCCGUACACUCGAAGGACACACCGACGGUGUCAAUCACCUCCAUUUCAACUGUCGACUCUUGGCUAGUGGUUCGGCUGAUGCCACGAUCAAGGUCUGGAACUUUCAAACGGGCGAAUGCUUUACCCUGACAGGUCAUACUCAAGCUGUCAACCACGUUCAAAUUCAUCAGCAGCAUCUCCUUGUCUCUGCUUCCGAUGACUGCACUCUUCGUCUCUGGGAUCUCAAUAAGCGUGUCUGCAUUCGCACCUUUCAUGGCCACGUCGGUCCUAUCAUGACUGCGAUACCUGGUAUGCCCGGACACAGCUUCUCAAAGGAAAACGAUGCUGUGAUCAUUUCUGGUUCCAAGGAUCAUACAAUCAAGGUCUGGUCAAUCCAGACAGGUCAAUGUUUACAGACUCUUUUUGGUCAUGUCCAAGGCAUUGGUGCUCUUGCCUUUGAUAAGCUCAGACUCGUCUCAGGAUCUGAUGAUGGCUCACUCAAGCUAUGGGACAGCCAAAACGGCUUACCCAUGUAUUCUCUCAAGACAAGUGGCGCCUGUCCAGUGACAGCAGUCGGUUUAAGUGAUACAAAAGUGGUCAGUGCGGAUGAUCAAGGUGAUAUUCAUGUCUGGGAUUAUGGUCUUUCAUAG